CUCUUCUCUGUCAUCAUACAUAAAGGAGGCUGUUAUGGAGGUCAUUAUCAUGUCUACAUCAAAGACAUCGAUCAGCUCGGCCACUGGGAGGCACCGGAGGAAGAGGUAAAAGUGAAGGCGAAAACCCAGAGACAAGAGGACAAAGUUGGGGAAAAAAAGAAAGAGAGUGAAAAUUCUGUUGACACAGAGGAUCCACUCUCUGUUCUUACAGUCAUUCUGGCUCAGGAGGAGUCAAAAUGUGUGCUUGUAGACCAGCUGGGCCAAAAGCUGAUGAAUAAAACGGGCAUGCCAUGGAGCAAAAAAUAUAAAAAACAGUAUGGCACCAUCAGCAAGUUUCUUCAGAACCACCCUGAAGUGUUUAUGCUGGUCUCCAAUGGAACCUGUGUAGCUCUGAAAGCUGCUGGUCCUGCAACAACAGAACCCAGUCCAACAGAGCCAGUCAGUUCAGCUUCAGCCAAUAACAGUCCAGACAACACAGAGCUGGAAACAGCAGGAGACACUGAAGGCCCUGAUGGAUGUCAUUGGUUUAACCUGAAUGACUCCACUGUGACGGCCAUUUCGGAGAAUGACAUAGAGAAGCAGUUUCAGGGAAAAGAGAGUGCCUACAUGCUCUUUUACAGGAAGACAACUAUGAAAAGACCUCCAGAGGCCAUAGGAAACCCUGCGUACAAAGUGCCUCCUCACCUGGUGGAGAUGGUACAAGAGGAGAAUGCAAGACGUCAGCAGAGAAGAGCUGAGUUUGAUGGCAGCAGCAACAGCGUGGAAGUGCGGCUGCAUUUGGCCCCUCAUUACCACUGGCAAAACGGAGCCCUGCACCCCGUAUCUCCAGACGAAGACUCCAUCAUCACAGUCACCUUUGACCGCAGAAAGACUGUGGGAGACCUGCGAUUGGUCAGUGGUGUGGCGGUGAAAACUGGCAUGGAAUGGGAGCCUGUUUUGCUCACUGUGUUGCGUCCCUCUGUGGAGGAGCUGGGAUGUGGGGAUGGGUCAGGGGUCGAAGACACUGAUGGAUCCGGUCUGGUGUGUUCCAUGAAGGGCUUUGCUGGUGGGGCCACUCUGGGUACAGUGCUCGAGGCUCUAGGGCCUCAAGAGGCCUUUCUGUGCCAGGAGCAGAGCCGUCCAGGGGCCAAUGGGGGCGGGGCGAGUGGGUGGAGGGUUUUCCCACCUCGAGACAUGCUGAGGACACUAAGAGAGCUGUCUCUGAAGGACGGGGACGCUCUACUGCUACUGCAGCCAGAGGAACUAGACAGCAG